AUGUCCCUCCCCUCGGACUACUCCAAUGAGAUAUCCGCCCUCGACCGCGAAAUCGUAAAGCACAAGCCGCAGGACAUCCUGCAGUUCUGCGCAAACUUCUUCAACCGCCGCCUCGAGUCGCAGCGCACCGAGGCCCUCCUCUCGCAGCACCACGCGAGCCCCCAGGGCCGUGCCGAGAGCAGCUUCCCCGGCAACAACCCCUUCGGCACCUCGCCCAGCAGCGCCGGCUUCGCAAAGGGCCCCAUGCAGCGCCUCGAGGAAGAGGAGGAGAGCGACGUCAUGACGUCGCCCACGGCCUCGUCGUUUGCCGCCGUCGACUUUGGCGGCGGCAGCAAGCGCAGCAACGGCCCCGGCGAGGGCUCGUUUGGCAACUUUGGCGGCUUCGGCAGCUCGCUGGGCUCCGUCUCGCAGAUGCCGCCCCUCACCGGCGACGGCCAGAACUUCCCCACCAACUACAACACCAACAGGCGCACCUCCGUCUCGGCCGAGUCGCUCAACCCCGCCUCCAGCGCCGCCGAGAACUUCACCCCGCCCUACCACCACAAGACGCCCGAGCAGCAGCAGCGCCUCAAGUCGGCCGUCUCGGGCAACUUCCUCUUCUCGCACCUCGACGACGACCAGUCGGCCCUCGUCCUCGGCGCCCUGCACGAGAAGCCAAUACCCACAAAGGACAUCAAGGUCAUCUCCCAGGGCGACGUGGGCGACUACUUCUACGUCGUCGAAAAGGGCGCCUUUGACAUCUACGUCCACAAGUCGGGCAAGCUGGAGGCAGGGCCCGACGGCCUGGGCGCAAAAGUAGGCAACGUCGGGCCAGGGGGCUCCUUUGGCGAGCUGGCCCUCAUGUACAACGCCCCGCGCGCCGCCACCGUCAUGUCGUCCGAGUCGUCGACGCUGUGGGCCCUGGAUCGCAUCACCUUCCGCCGCAUCCUGAUGGACAGCGCCUUCCAGCGACGCCGCAUGUACGAGGGCUUCCUGGAAGAAGUGCCUCUCCUCUCCACGCUAACCCCCUACGAGCGCUCCAAGAUCGCCGACGCGCUCGAGACGAAAAAGUACCCCCCAGGCACAACCAUCAUCCAGGAAGGCGACGUGGGCGAGUCCUUCUUCAUCCUCGAAUCAGGCGACGCACAGGUCUACAAGCGCGGCCUCGACGGCCCCGUCAAGCAGUACUCAAAGGGCGACUACUUCGGCGAGCUGGCCCUGCUCAACGACGCACCCCGCGCUGCCUCCGUCGUCACAACAACUGAAGUCAAGGUCGCGACCCUCGGCAAAAACGGCUUCCAGCGCCUCCUCGGCCCCGUCGAGGGCAUCAUGCGCAGGAACGACCCCACAAAGGAGUCGGAGAGCGUUGAUCCUCUGUCCAGGCCUGCGUAG